AUGGGUUCUCGAUCUAAGCCAAAACAAAAACGUAGACGCUAUUUAAAUUGUAGUGACAAUAAGAAUCUUUCUGAAGCCGUUAGUGCUUCUCGGCAAAAGGGACAGUCAUCACCGCUUAAUCUUUCUUCGCUGCCAGUCUGUGUUCAAAAGCUCCAAUCCACGGAUUGGGCAGAAUUGGAGGAAGCUUGUCGAGAUAUAUGUUAUUUUGCCUUGCGGCCUAAGCAUCACGCAAACUUUCUUCAAGCCAAGGUUCCCUUACACCUCUCUCGGCUUCUUUUUUUUCCAUCUUCGGUGCUUAACGGCGAAAGUUCUCAAUUAUCUACUUCGAGCCUCCAGAGGGAUGUGAUCUAUACGCAGAUCGCUGUUGCCGAAACGCUCCGUAAUCUUAUCACUAACAGCCAAGAAGAUGAGGUGCUUGAUCUUUUAACUUCUGGAGAUUCUUCUGAAUGCAAUAGUUGUGUAGCUUCAGUGCUUUUGCCACCUAUUACUGAUUUCGCCAGGCUACUUGGUGAUCUUUUACGAAAUGUGUAUUUAUGUGUAAAAGAAGCGCAUCAAGGUAUCGACCCUCAUGAUUGUAUGCUUGAUAACGAUGAUGAGAAUGAAAACGGCAACAACAAGGAUAACAACAAAAACAAUAGAGUGGAGCCACCUUUAACUGUUGGACAGGGGAAUUUUACCUUUCCUCAUCAAGUUCACAAUAAGAAACAGAAGAAUAAUCAGAGUAGAAAUUAUUUGCUCUUGUUAGCGCUUCUGGAGGAAAUUUUACGGCUUCUUACGGUUUCACUUGAGGCAACCACAUCAAACACCACAGAUUUUACUACCGCUCUUAAGAGGGUAAAUGGAUGUUUGUGUAUCACGGAGGUCUUUUCACUGCCCGAGACUCUUCAUCUGCUGCUAGAAAUUCUCGAAGGAAGUGCGAGUACCGCGUGGGAGAACCUCCACCACCCAGCAGGUUAUUUUUCCAAUUUCACUUCCCUUUCUCAGGGAGCCUUUCCUGGAAAUGAUGGCAGCGUUUUGCCCCCUGAGGUGCCGCGUUCCGACGCCGUGACAAUCCAUCCCAUGAUGCUGGCCUUUCGAACCUUCAAGCAAGAGGAAACGAAGCGUCUAGCGUCAAUCGCCAGCGCCACGGCAGAUGUCUUCUACGCCCUCAGUCCUGGCAAUGCCACCAUGGCAACCUUUCUCGGGCAAGAUGACGGUGGUUUGCCAACCUCCCCCGCUGGCUCUUCCCUCUCGGCCUCGCAGGUGGUUUUUUUAGAGCAAGUUGUCGAGGCCGCGCAGCUGCGGGGGUGGUGGGAGGGGGCCCCGGAGGGCCCUUCCCUCAUGGGGAGUUCCACCCCUACGACUGCCCUGUCCCUCACCUGGCACUGCCUCCACGGUCAGCUCUUACAGAUGACUCUCGCCCUGCAGGGCGCCCUCCUCCAGGCCCGCCCGGGGCCGGAGCUGAUCCGCCGCGUCCUCCCGACCCUGACAGGAGUCCUGCAGGGGGCUCUCCCCCUCCGGCUUUGGCGGGGGGCCCUUCCCCUCCUCCUCGCGGACGGCCCUCCUUCGAGAGAGAGGAGGGAGGGGGGCCUGCCGGACGAGGCCUGUCGCACGGCCGGGGUGGGACUUGUGACAGGCCGCCUGCGCUGCGCCCUCGCCGCGAUGCGGGCCUUCCAGGCGUUGACGGAGGCCCUGUGCAGGGGAAACCCCCCUGACCCCGGGCUCGACGACGACGUAGCCUUCGCGCGGAACCCGCACGCGGCCCUCCUUCGCGAGAGCGGCGGCCUCCACGUCUUCGGCUUGCUCCUCCAGGACAUUCUUGGACUGGAGAGGGGAGGCACACCCACUCAAGGGGAGCGAAACGAGGAUGUUGUGCGGCGACGAGAGCUCCACCUCCUGCGGGAGGCAGCCCAGUCCAACGCGGAGGUCACCACCCUGCAGUUUCUCAUCUUGUCCAUAGAGGUCGUCGUCUGGGGGACCGCGAGCGUGCUGCUUUUGAUGGUGCCCGUGGAGAGCCUAGGCGAUCCCACGAGGGUCUGGUGGGCGAUCCUCCGCGCUGUCGAGCAGCGCUACGGUCUCCUUGUCGCCGCGAAUACAACUACUAAUAUUGAUAAUCUGUGUGAGGAGGAUAUAGCCGCAGAGGAGGAGGGGGGUUCAUCCCUACAGCCGUCGAACAUCGCGGCGGAGUCCUCGUCGGCACGUCAUCUGCUUUGGAUACAACUCGAAUCGCUCGUGCAGAUGCUGUGGACGCUCCAACGGAAGCAGGCGAGAACCCAGGGCGGCGUCCUGCACAGCUCCAACGAGCGCCUUCGCACGGAAAAGAGAGAGGUUGACCUCUUCAUUCGUCUUGCCUGGGAGCGGCGGGAGGCGAAGGCCCCAAGCGCAGGAAAAUCAGGGGAGUAUGCGUCUUCGCUCUGUGUGAUGCCGUCGUUAACGCAGGCUUGUGUGGGUACGGUAGGACUGCUCUGCACGUCGUUCAGGGAAGUGGAGGCGACUUUGGUCGGAGCACGCUUUGCGAUCACGAUUUUAACGAGAUAUGAGAGCGAUCGCAGCGUUGGAUCCACUUCUUCGCUUCUUCAGCUUGAUGGCGGGGUUUUGUUGUCGGGAAAGACUCUUAUUACAAAUCCUACGGAGCGAAAAGUGUGGCAACAGAAGCUCUUCACCGUGGAUAGUAUCGUCAGCGUGCGCGCGGAGGCAGCAAACACGUUGAUGGAUUUUUUCCUUGAUGAGCGCUUUGAUAAGGACGUGUACGUCCCGGAGGGGAUUCAUAAAAAUCUCUCUAGUUUUCUCUCACAGCUUCGCGAGUAUAUCAAGCAACGUUUAAUGAUUAACAAGUUUUGGAAGCACAAUUAUCAAGACGCGGUGGAACCGGAUGAUCUGGAGCAGUGGCAGGAAAUAGCGGAGAAUCUGGAUGGGUUUUUAGAUUACAAAGAGGAGCAUAUACGGGAUUUGCGCAAGCAUUGA